AUGCGGCUCACGCCCCAGUACAUCUGGUGGCUUCUGAGGAUGGGCCUGGAGAAGAACGCUGUAAAGCAUGGGCUCCAGGACGGUGUCCGGGCCCUGCAGCCUGAAGUGCCCGUGGACUCUUCCAAAGUGGAGGUGCCCACUGCGCUGGCUCCCAGCCAGCAUGGUGGAGAGGGCCAGGCCUCGGGACUCACCGUCGCGCUCUGUGGGCGUCCCCUGGUGCUCUGUGCAGAAGACGUGCACGCCCGUGACCUCGGCUCACCCACGGACUCCAACCUGAUGCAGCCCACCUUACGCGGCCUGCGUGCGCCUGUGGAGCUAUGUGAUGCCAGCCUGCCUGCUCCCUUUCUCAUCAGGUCCUGGAAGCUGGUGUGUGCCCUUCGGCGUCAAAGCUUGCACACUGCUGGCAGUCACUACAAGGCUAGGACCGGUGCCGAGCACCUGUGGCUGACGCGGCACCUGAAGGACCCGUUUGUGAAGGCUGCGAAGCUGGAGAGCUAUCGGUGUCGAAGUGCCUUCAAGCUUCUGGAGGUGGACGAGAAACACCGGAUCCUACGGCCUGGCCUCCGGGUGUUAGACUGUGGGGCGGCUCCUGGUGCAUGGAGCCAGGUGUCUGUGCAGAGAGUCAACGCUGCAGGCACAGAGCCCAGCACUCCUGUAGGCUUUGUGCUCGGGGUAGACCUUCUUCACAUAUCACCCCUGGAAGGAGCAACUUUUCUGUGCCCUGCUAAUGUGACUGACCCGGGAACCUUCCAGAGAAUCCAAGAACUGCUUCCUGGUGGGAGAGCAGAUGUGAUUCUGAGUGACAUGGCACCCAACGCUACAGGGAUCCGGGGCCUUGAUCAUGACAGGAUCAUUGGCCUGUGCUUGUCCCUGCUGGACAUGGCUCCCCACAUCCUGCACCCUGGGGGAACAUUCCUUUGUAAAACCUGGGCUGGGAGUCAAAGCCAUCGGUUGCAGAAGAGACUGACAGAGGAAUUCCAGAACACAAGGAUCGUGAAACCUGAAGCCAGCAGGAAAGAAUCAUCAGAGGUGUACCUCUUGGCCACACAAUACCGAAGAGCUGUGAAAGACUGAGGUUUCUUCUGGCACCUCUGGUCCUCGUCACUGCAGAUGUAGGCUGCAUGCUUUCCUGAAGUGUGGCGGGGGAAGGCCCAGCUAGAUCUGUGAUGCAUCAGGCGGGACAAGUGGGGGGCUUUUUUUAAACCAAAAGAUGGGACAAAACUCUAUUUAGUGACCAUGAUAGAUGAUAAUAGACUGAGGGAAGGAUAAAAAUGAUUGCACUGAAGCACAGCUGGAGAUACACUUCGAGUCACUUGCUUAUCUUACCAGACUGAGCUAAUUACAGAGAACAGCUUUCCACCAUUGCCCCAAGGACACAACACACAGGUUUCCAGUUCUUAUAGGCUACAUAGUAUAAUGUAGAAAAAUCUGAAAUUUCAAUCUAGGGAUUAAUUUCCAUCUCUGGUGAAUGAUUUGGAAACAUCCAUACUUCUAGCAGUGAGAAUUCCCAGGGCAAUUAGGGAAGACGUGGUAUGAAUUUAUGCGUGGGGCGGUGCGCUUUGUCUUUUGCUGGAAAUGCACGUUGCUAUACUUCUGGCUCCUUAGACCGUAAAGGUAAUUGCCCAAGCAA